AGGAACGAAAGAUGCCGACCGGACCGUUCGCGUCGUCCGUCGGCGUCGGGCGCGCGGAACCCGAGUGGGCGGCGCUCAACCUCGUCACGGGCGUGUGCGGCAGAGAUGGCAUCCACGAGGGCGGCAACGACGCCGAGGGCCCGCUCCCCCUCGGCGAUGACAUCAUGAGCGGGGACCUGUCCACCUGCCCGCGAGACGUCGACCUCCUCAUCGUCGGCGCCGGCCUCUCCGGAGCCGUGCUCGCCGAGCGGUGCUCGCGCGAGCUCGGCAUGACCAGCCUGGUGAUCGACAAGCGCGACCACCUCGGCGGUAACUGCUACGACUACGUCACCGCCGACGGCAUCAGGUGCAGCAAGUACGGCGCGCACCUGUUCCACACCCAGCACGAACGCGUGUGGCGGUACGUCCAGGAGUUCAGCCAGUGGCUGCCGUUCGACCACAGGGUCAAAGGGCGGGUAGUCGCCGACGAUGGGACGACAAAACUGGUGCCCAUACCUCCCACGCAGGAGACGGUCAACGCGUUGUUCGAGAACACCGACGUGCAAGGCGAGGCGGAGAUGCAGGCGUGGUACGACACCGAGCGCGUGGCGCCGCCCAACGGGCGGUCGGCUUCGAACGGCGAGGAGGCGGCGCUGUCGCGGGUGGGCCCGCGGCUGUACGAGAAGAUCUUCCGGCACUACACCAAGAAACAGUGGGACAAGUACCCGAAGGAGCUGGACGCGUCCGUGCUGAUGCGCCUGCCGUGCAGGACGAGCACGGACGAUAGGUACUUCCCGGAUCAGUACCAGGCGCUGCCGGCGCGCGGGUACACGCGCAUAUUCGAGAACAUGCUGCUGGGCGAUCCAAACGUGACGAUUCGGCUCAACUGCGAUUUUUUCCGUCACAGAACGAACGGGACUCUCCCGAAGCACGGGUUGCUCGUGUACACCGGGCAGAUUGACUCGUACUACGCGGCGCUCGGGAUGCCCAAGCUCGAGUACCGAUCGCUGCGGUUCGAGGAGGAGUACGUGCCGUCCCCACCCGGGGGUUUCUACCAGGAGUUGAUGGUGGUCAACUACCCAGGCGAAGACGUCCCGUACACCAGAAUCGUCGAGUACAAGCACACGCCCAACCAACCGCGAGGGACGAGGGACGGGAAAGUAGCCGGGACGGUGAUCGCCAGGGAGUACUCGACGGACGUGGGGGAGCCCUAUUACCCCGUGCCCAACCCGGAGAACCGGGAGUUGUACGAGAAGUACGCGACGCUCGCGGCGAAGGAGCGCGGGGUUUGUUUCGUCGGGCGACUGGCGAGUUACAAGUACUUCAACAUGGACCAGGCGAUUCUCAACGCGCUGGAGAUGUUCGACAACUUGCGGGAGACCGGGCGGCUGGAACCGAAACGCGCGCCGCACGAGUUCGGGCCGGGGGAUGGGCCCAAGUGACACGCACGCGCGGGGGCAGUUAAUUCUUUUGUAACCUUAUAACCGACUCACCUAC